AUGCUAACUGACGAUCAUUCCAAUAACCCAAAACGAUUCUACAGAUUUAUCAAGAGUAGACGCACAGAAUCUUCAGAUGUAGCACCAUUGCGGAAGGAUGAUAUACUUCACUGUGACAUCGGAAAGCUAGCAGAUGCACUCAACUCCGGAGAACAGAUGGAUUGCAUCCUACUAGACUUCCCCAAGGCAUUUGAUAAAGUGCCUCACCAAUGCCUGCUCAACAAAUGCCAAUACUACGGAAUCCGAGGAAACACACUUAAUUGGAUUACCAGCUUCCUACAAGGCCGAACACAACAGGUACUUCUGGAUGGGAAGAAGUCAGAAACAUCUAAAGUCACCACAGGCGUGCCCUAA